AACUACCCAGGCGGUCUGCUGACGACGGUUGGCGGCGCGCGGCGCCGGCGAGCUGUUGGCGUGAGCAGAACCGGGAGGAGGCAGCAGGAGCCGGUGCCAUGGUGGAGAAGGAGGAAGCUGGCGGCGGCAUCAGCGAGGAGGAGGCGGCGCAGUAUGACCGGCAGAUCCGCCUGUGGGGAUUGGAGGCCCAGAAACGGCUGCGGGCCUCCCGGGUGCUUCUUGUCGGCAUGAAAGGACUUGGGGCUGAAAUUGCCAAGAACCUCAUCCUGGCAGGAGUGAAAGGACUGACAAUGUUGGAUCAUGAACAGGUAUUGCCAGAAGAUCCUGGAGCUCAGUUCCUGAUUCGUACUGGGUGUGUUGGCCGAAAUAGAGCUGAAGCCUCUUUAGAGAGAGCCCAGAAUCUCAACCCCAUGGUGGAUGUGAAGGUGGACACUGAGGAUAUAGAAAAGAAACCUGAGUCAUUUUUUACGGAGUUUGAUGCUGUGUGUCUGACUUGCUGCUCCAGGGAUGCCAUGGUUAAAAUUGACCAGAUCUGUCACAAAAAUAGCAUCAAAUUCUUUACAGGAGAUGUUUUUGGCUACCACGGAUACACAUUUGCCAAUCUUGGAGAACAUGAGUUUGUAGAGGAAAAAACCAAAGUUGCCAAAGCUAGCCAAGGAGUAGAAGAUGGACCUGACACCAAGAGAGCAAAACUUGAUUCUUCUGAGACAACUAUGGUCAAAAAGGUAUGUGUAAUGCUGGGGAGGAUAGAGGUCUGAAACCCUGGGACCUUGCUGGGGAUGGGCAAUUACAACUGCAAAUGAAAGAAGCUGUUGAGUAGAGCCUAGAAGGGAGGGAUGCACUUGUCCCUUCUAAAGAGAGGUUG